AUGCAGAAAAAUUCAACAUCUGCUUCAGAUAAAAAUCAUAUGUUAAAUACAAUUCAAGCGAAUAUUAAUGAAUCAAUGUCAGAUAACUCUAACAAUAACAAUUCCAUCCACUCUACUACUCCUCAGCCACCAAAAAACAAUCCAAAAAUCCCACCUAUCAUUCUUAAAGGCUCAGCUUGGAGAAAAGUGGAGGGCAAACUUAUGACUAUCAUACCAGAAGACUCAAUAGAAACUAAAGCAUUUGGUCCAGACUCCAUAAAACUUCAAUUCUUCGACAUCAAACUAUUUCGAAUAAUUCAAAAAUUCUUACAAACUCGAACACAAAAUACCAUACUUUCAGCCUUCCUGAUGAAAGAGCACUUAAAAUUGUUAUAA